CGGGAAUCCGCUUAGUUCGGUAGAAAAUCCGCUACUGAUCACGAAAUACUAUUUAAACUUAGACAAAGUUAGUUUACUAACGACUUAAAAUGGCCAACGACAAUGCUACAGAGAGAGUUACCAGUGCUCUGGCUGUGCUGAGAAACGAGUUGAGUGAAAUGAGAAACCAGGACGUACAGCUGAUGAAACAGUUGUUAAAUAUCAACAACAGUAUACAACAACUCAGCAAGAAAAGUAAAAGUACUAAACGGGUACGAGUUAGCAACAGGGGGCGCCGUACAUUACUAUCAGAUGCUUUCAAGGCGGCAGAGCUGACCAAAAUUGACGAAGAUGUAUCUAGCAGUUCAUCCGACAGCGACGGCGAUAAUGAUGAAUGUGCAGACAAAGGACUCUUCAGAACAAAUCGAUCGACUAUGGAUGAGUUGAUGAUUGCAUCGGUUAGACUUGACACGACAAUAGAAACUAUCAAGUCGGAUCUGAUUCAGUUACGGAAUCAAGACAUCAAACUUAUGAAACAAUUGAUUCAAAUAAGCGAUACAAUACAACAGAUUUCUAAACGUCAGAUACAACAGAGGCCUUUGUUUAAUGCAAAAGGUUAUCUCAGUCAGGUGUUGAUGUUCAUUAACCCAGCCUCAUUGUCGGUAAAAAUAGAGACGCCAUUAAUCAGACAACAAAGUGUUCCUACCUACUGUAGAAUGAACAAGUUGGAUUCGUCAUCACUAUCUAGUAUUGAAGAUUCCGACUCGCUGUCAACAUGCGGUGAUUCAGUUAGAAGCAGUAAUGGCGAAUAUAAGUAUGAAGACAACACUUUUAUGCAAAGACAGUUGUCAGUUCCAGAGUCACACAGACCAAAGUCUAUCUCAACUAUACCAUCUAUCUAUUUAGAUCACAUUACUGAUUGUGAUCAGCAUGUAGAGGAAAUACUAAUGAGAAACAUCAGAAUGUGGAAAAGAACACAGCAAAAUGACGAUGACUCAGUUUUUGUGGAAGAUUAUAAUCUACCAACUUUAUAUGAAAAAUGAAGCUAUUUUUUUAGUGGAAGUAAUAAAAUUUGUAUGAAA